GUAGAAACACAAGGUCAUCCGGGCGGUUGUUUGUUCUCUAAAGGUAAUGACUGCGAAAGAAACUCUGGAUGAAAUUGGGAAACAACUCAUAACUGUAUUCACAAAUUAUUAUGUGGUGUUCAUUCAACUGAAGAGAUUAAACAUUCCAUCGAAAAUCUAUUCAACAAGUUUUUACUUUCGAAAUCUGACAAUUCAAGUAUACAUCUAUAUAUAUCAUUUUAAUGAUAACAAUAAGUUUAUGGAUUCUUCCAAAGAGAGUAUUUUACUUUUAUGGAAUUACAUCCAUAUAGACGAUAUUGCAUUAUACAAGUAUGUUAUUAAAUAGAGAUCGUUUUCGGUUGUUUUAAAACAUAAUAGUUUAUUCUUUUAUUAGAUCUAAAUUACAUUUCCGAACGUCUUUUAGUCAUUUUGUCCAAUAAUGAUCUGGAUCAUGUCAAUUGGUCUCAUAUUCUUCAAUUGAUAUCUGUUAUGAUCACAUGUAUUAAAGGAGGCGUGUCCACUGUUAAAUUUAUAAUUCAUCAACUUCUAUUGUCAUUAUUCAAUUCAAAUAUGAAUUAUAUCAACAAUGAUAAUGUUGAUUUAGAUUGUUUACAUUUAUUAGAUGAUGUAUUUAUUCAUAAAAGUCAAUUGAAUGUUUUAACAUCAAUUAAACAUGAUAAACAAUUAUUGAUAGGAGUUUUAUUAAUUGCACGUCAAUUAUGCUCAGAAGAUAAUCGAUUGACUGGGAUAAAUUAUAAACAAUGGUGGAUGGAAACAUUUUGUAAUCCAUUACUAUCAACACAUAAUAAUACACAGAAUGUACUUUCAUCACGUUGUGCUGUAGUUUAUUUUUGUGAUUUACUCAUUGAACUAUUACCUUGGGAAACCGAUCCAAAAUUUCUACAAAUUCAAGUCAACACUCGACCUAAUUGGUUUAAUCUUGUAAAAAGAUCAAUGAAUAAUAAUCGAAUCAAAAUUCAUACUGAUAAAAUUCGUGUAAAACCGACUGAAUUAAUUGUGUCAUUCAAUGAAGAUGAGUUAAUAAUCCCGAUUGAUUUGGAAUGUACAAAUAUGAUAACUGAUAGUAAUAAUCAUAAUCAUAAUACCUACAUAGAAUCUUGUAUAAAUCGAUGGAAUGAUUAUUGUGAAAUUGCACAAGGACGGUUAGCUGAAUUAAGGGAACACUGUUGUGCAACAAAAAUGGUCAUAACGGAUAAAAAAAAUCUCUGAUUGUUCAGAUGCUUAUACUACUCCAGGAUGGAGUGAUGUUCUAAAUUGGCUAAAUGAAAUCGCGACACAACGUACUGUUGAUUAUUGUAGUGGUGAUAUUUCUAAAUGUCGAUUACCGUCCGAAUGGAAUGAAGUAAAUCUGUUUCGUCCACGUUGGCUUCGAUCUACACUGAUUCCAGCUUUAUUAAAUGCACCUGAAAUAGAACAUUUAUCAGCUGAGUUAAAAUUUGCACGUGAACAAUUAUUACAGGGGAUACGGUCAGCUGGUUUAUCACAUUUAUUGAAUCAUACAGAAGAAAAAACCUCUACCACAAAGACGACUACGAAAGCAACAACAACAACGAAGAGGAAGAAGAAACGACCAACGUGUACUCCAUAACGAUCUUCAACAUCUAAACAAUACAGAAUUUCUACUUAAAGCGAAUUCUACAAUGAAAGAAAUAAAAAUUAAUAGCCGUACAAUUAAUACUUAAAACGAACUAGAUAAAAAAGCUGAAAAGAUUGAGAGAGGAUAUGUAAAAAUACAAUAACUGAUAACUUUA